ACGUAGCACGAAAAGCAAGUUAGAAAUUCAGAUCCUCUUUGCCAAAACAUCUGAUUUUUCGAGUUUACUGAGGCACUGCAAGUGUCGCAACGAGAUCGAAUUAAUCAAACAAAUCAAAAAUCUGUUGGACGAUUGAAGUUAACGAUUCGCCAGUGUUAAAGAUCCCACGCUACACAAUGUCUUUGACGAGUUUUAGAAUGAUACUAUUGCCAGUUAUCUUGAUGGUGAUGACCGGUUGUUGGCCGGCGUCUGCCGAUCCCCGGUUGAACAACGCCAUACUGUGGAAGCGUUUGGGUCUGAAUCGGGCCAUAGGCAGCGAAAGGCCGCAAAUCACGUCGAGCAAGAAAAAGGGCGAGUCAACCGUGUACUUUAUUAAAUUGCCGCCUCAACCUCACUACUAUUCUGCGUUUAACCUUCUGCCAUCAUCCGGCUACCAGAAAAAUACACCUGAACCUUUUGAAACGGUGUCGGUCGACUUCACGGCAAACGGGAAACCGGAGAAUGUUUACCAUUGGAAUCUACCCUUGGGUGUGACCUUGCCUUCGACAACAACGACGACGACUACAACGCCACCUCCUGUGUCUAGCAGCCCUUCGCCGUUGAAUCAGAAGAAGCCCUAUCGGCGUAAUUAUUACAACAACGGCAAACCACACAAAUUAUAUUUCGUCAAACCUUCUAACCGUGCUCCGGUGACCACCACACCGACGCCCAUUUCGUCGACCGCUAGCAGCACAGAGGCACCGCAAUCGACCACUGUCGCCACCUUCUACAAGAAAUUUCAAUUUAAAAAGAAUUUCAAAGGCAACGGGAAACCAAAUCAACUUUACUUCGUCCAACCCGCCCAUUUCAGUUUCUAAACAUCCCCCCGCAUUUUGUUUUCUUUAUUUUUGAUUGCCUUGUUGUUGUUGUUGUUUUUUUUUCGUGUUAACGUUAUUCUAUAGCAUGCCAUUAGCGAAAAAAUAAGCAAAACAUAAACGAAAACUAAAAUAACAAAUUUUGUUUUAGAAAAGCGCGCGCGCAAAAGUGUCUAACCCAUUCAUCAGCUUGAAAUGUGCAUCAUUGUUAAAUUAAAAUGACCGUGCAGAAAUGAAAAAGAAACGCGAGUAACGUAUUUUGUUUUCCAUUCUCGUCUGCUCCACUCUCUUUUUUUUAACCGUCAUUUCACUGGACUUUUUUUUGUGUGUGUACAUAAACGGUGGAAUACGUUUGUUAUUUUUCGUUAUAAAAUAAAAUUGCGAAAAAGAAA